ACAUAUGUAAGAAGGAUAUAGUCGAUCCGACCCAUUCUCGAUCUCGACCCGCCCACUAGCUAUGAACACCCUUUCUUAGCUUCCAACUCCCGGAGCCUGCCGGCGACUGCUCGGAUAAACAACUUCCGGCACCGCAUCUCAAAUUGAUCAAUUUUACAGGCACAAUGAAUGAUGGUUUCUUCCUUCUACGCCAGAAGAUACGAUAUUCAGCUGGGUAUAAUUCAGAUCAUCAUACCCUUGCUACCAUGCUUAAGUCAUGUGCUGCUAUUUCAGACAUUAAACUAGGCAAAACCCUUCACAGUCAGGUUGUUAAGCUAGGUCAUAAUUCCUGCCAGUUUGUUUGCAAGGCGAUUCUUAACAUGUAUGCUAAAUGUAAUAUUUUUGAUGACUGCCUAAAACUGUUCAGGCAAAAUAGCAGCAAUGACGCAAUCACAUGGAACAUUGUUUUAUCUGGGUUUUCAGGGUCCCGGAUCCAUGACAGUGAGGUGAUGAAAUUAUUUAACAAAAUGCAUACUGCUGAGGACCCUAAACCGACCUCUGUCACUAUUGCUAUCAUUCUUCCUGUCUGCGCUCGUGCAAGAGCUUUGGGUGCAGGGAGGAGUGUACACUCAUAUGCAAUAAAAACUGGAUUAGAAUCUGAUACUUUGGUAGGAAAUUCGCUGGUCUCUAUGUAUGCCAAAUCUGGUCUUAUCUGUGAUGAUGCAAAUGCUAUGUUUCGUAUGAUCACUGAAAAAGAUGUUGUUUCAUGGAAUGCUAUGAUUGCAGGGUUUGCAGAAAACAAGUUCACCGGAGAGGCAUUCAGACUGUUCUGUUGGAUGCUUAAAGAUUCGGCAGUACCAAAUUAUGCAACUAUUGCAAAUAUUCUUCCUGUUUGUGCUGGUUUAGAAGAGAAUGCUGCUCAUCGUUUUGGAAAAGAAAUUCAUAGUUAUGUGUUACAUAGGCCAGAUUUGAUGGAUAAUAUAUCUGUAACCAAUGCUUUGAUGGGUUUUUACUCAAGAAUUCGACGAAUGAAUGAAGUCGAAUACCUUUUUGCAAGAAUGAAAUCAAGAGAUUCGGUCUCAUGGAAUUCAGUUAUUGCUGGAUAUUGCUCAAAUGGAGAGUCAAUGAAAGCACUCAAGUUGUUUCAUGAUUUUGUGUCUGUUGCUGCAUUGAAACCUGACCAUGUAACUCUAGUUAGCAUUCUACCUGCAUGUUCCCAUUUAUGUAACUUGAAGGCGGGGCAGCAGAUUCAUGGCUAUAUCGUACGGCAUCCUGGUCUGAUUGAGGAUACGGCAGUUGAAAACGCCCUAAUUUCCUUUUAUGCAAAAUGUAAUGACAUUAAAGCUGCAUAUAGGAUAUUUUUAUUGAUUAGAAAGAGGGACUUGAUAUCUUGGAAUAGCAUACUCGACGCCUUUGCAGAAAGUGGGUUUGAUACUGACUUUGUGAACAUGUUAAAAUGGAUGUUUAGGGAAGGGAUAAAGCCAGAUUCUGUUACUCUCAUAAGUACAGUACAGUUUUCCGCUACUCUUUCCAGAGUUGGUACAGUUAAAGAAGCUCAUGCUUACGCAAUAAAAGCUCACAUUUUACUCGGUACUACAGAACUGAAGCUUAGGAAUGCACUAAUUGAUGCAUAUGGUAAAUGUGGCAAUAUGUUGUAUGCGUCAACUCUGUUUGAAAGUUUAUCUGAGAAUCGAAAUGUGGUCACUUGCAAUUCAAUGAUCUCCGGGUACGUGAAUUGUGGUUUACAUGACAAUGCAAACAUGAUAUUCACAACUAUGUCUGAAAGAGAUUUGACCACCUGGAAUCUGAUGGUUCGAGUAUACACUGAAAAUGAUCAUCAUGGUCAAGCACUCUCCCUGUUUUUCGAAUUACAAAAUAAUGGAUUAAAGCCUGAUGCCUUAACUGUUAUGAGCAUCCUUCCUGUUUGUUCUCAAAUUGCAUCAGUUCACUUGUUAAAGCAAUGCCAUGGAUAUGUUGUUCGGGCUUGUUUUGAUGAUGCUUGCGUGCUGGGCACUCUUAUAGAUCUAUAUUCAAAAUGUGGAAGUAUAGGUAGUGCACAUAAUCUUUUCAAGUCUGCUUUUAUGAAAGACCUAGUUAUGUUUACUGCUAUGGUUGGAGGAUAUGCCAUGCACGGUAUGGGAUCUAAAGCUUUAGGAGUAUACUUUAACAUGCUCGAGUUGGGCAUAGAGCCAGAUCAUGUUAUUAUAACCACAAUAUUAUCUGCUUGCAGCCAUGCCGGCCUUUUAAAUGAAGGGUUGAAAAUUUUUGAUUCAAUAGAUAAGCUGCAUAGGCUUGAACCGACAAUGGAGCAGUAUGGUUGUGUGGUAGAUCUCCUUGCUCGAGCAGGUCGAGUAAAUGACGCAUAUUCUUUUGUCACUAGCAUGCCAGUUGAAGCCAAUGCUAAUAUAUGGGGAGCAUUAUUAGGCGCUUGCAGAAAUCACCAUGAAGUGGAAAUAGGAUGUGAUGUGGCAGACCGUCUUUUUUCGAUGGAAGCUAACAACAUCGGGAACUAUGUAGUGAUGUCAAACUUAUAUGCUGCAAAUGCUCGAUGGGAUGGCGUGGCGGAGACAAGGAAGCUAAUGAAGACUAGAGAAUUGAAAAAAUCUGCUGGAAGCAGCUGGAUUGAAGUGGAAGGAAGAAAUCCUGGGUAUCAUGGCAAGUCUGUGGAAGCAAUUCUCUCACCACUGAGCAUGAGGAUAGAGAGUGGAUGAAAAAAUGAUAACGGGACCUCUUAUGGGUGUUUUUAUUGAACAUUAAAGUUUUAUCGUUUAAGUGUACUCGGUCAUCUCUUCAUGUCAUGUCCGAGGAUUAGAUGGUAAAUUUUAUUGAACGAAAGGAAUUCUGGCAGCGGCUAUUGUACUUCGAUACAAUUUCUUAUACGCGAAAGUAUCUUGUGACAAAAAAAAAAGUUUUGGAUACACCUAUGUAGAUACACCGGCAUUGCCCAAAGCUCUUUGAAAUA